AUGACGCCCAAUGUUGCUUUGAUCACAGGCGGAGAUGUCACAAAAUACAAUGUCCUUGGCGAAGCUUUUCAGCAAUGUUUCCAGGCUCAUAAGAGAUUGGAUUUUGUAUUUGCCAAUGCUGGCAUGAUCGAGCGUUUCAACUUCUAUGAAUCCCACCCUAUCGGUAAGGGGGAUACUGUCACUCCACCACCUGAGCCCGACCUGCUGUCAAUCGAUGCCGACUUGAAAGGGGUGAUUCUCACUACCUAUCUGGCGCAGCAUUACUUUCGAGCGUCGCCGAAUCAGGGUAUGGGUGCGAGUAUUGUAAUGACCGCUAGUUGCGGCGGACUUUAUCCGUCGUUUUAUUCCCCACUAUACUCUUCAGCUAAAUUUGGUGUGGUUGGUUUCAUGCGGUCGAUCGCCCAGCACUUCAAAGCGGGUGGCAUCCGUGUCAAUUCCAUCUGUCCCGGAAUCGUGCGCACCAACCUUGUGGAUCAGGAUGGGUGGAACGCUUUCCCUCAGCACCGAUUCACAGGAAUGGAGACUGUAGUCCGAGUGGUGCUUCAGCUUGUGGGCCAAGGUGAACCAGCGGUUCAAGGUUUGACUGAUGCACGAGGAACUCAUUUACCCAGGGAGAGGCUUUUCGGGCUUGCGGUGGAGAUUUCAGAUAGUGGGGUAUACUUUCGCGAGCAACAUGAGUUUUGCGAUGACGGUAUGCGGGAGGUAAUGGCUGCGACAGUUCUCGAAAACCAAGUGGGGGCUAUAUUAAACAAAUAA